GGCAUCACGCAGCACUCGAAGAUGCGUCUCUUUGCCACAGGGAGGGCCCUGCGCGCCAGUAGCGCCAGAUGGGCAAUUCCAUCUCCCCGUCGGAGCAUCCGCCUCCCGCUUUCGCACUUCUCCGAGCCUUUGGCCGUGAAGCGGAGAGCCUGGAGCUCUUCGGCCAUCCGCCGGACAAACGACAACACAGAUGCUGAUCGCAAACCCGCUACCCCGGCCUCUGCGCGGCAAUCCUUGACCAUCGAAGGUCAGUCCUACCGCACAGAUCAGUGGACCAACACCCCGGAUACAAUCCUCUCCCAUGUUGGACGUCGGCUAUACCUCGAUGAGAACCACCCUCUCGCCAUCACACGCCAAUUGAUUGAGAGUCAGUUUGCCGGUCCGACCUAUGGAAACUACACCGAGAAGAACCCCGUCGUUUCGACUGCGCAGAACUUCGAUGUCCUGGGCUUCCCUCUGGAUCACCCCGGCCGGAGUCGGACGGAUACGUACUACGUCAAUGAUAAGACGGUCUUGAGAACACACACGAGUGCCCACCAGCAGGCAUACUUCCAGCAGAUCAGUCGCAAUGAGAGUACGCGCCCGGAGGAAGUGGGUUAUACUGUUGUCGCGGAUGUGUAUCGGAGGGAUGCGAUUGACCGCAGCCACUACCCGAUUUUCCAUCAGAUGGAAGGCGCCAUGCUCUGGAAGCGUCCGGAUAAUGAACCCUUGAAGCAUGCUAGCGAAACGGCCGUCGCGAUCAUGAAGGAUGUCAACAAAAUCCCGACUCAUGACGUCGAGGUCGAGGAUCCCAACCCUACCAUCCAUGCCCAGAGAAACCCCCUUCAGGCUGAGCACCACAGCGCGGAGGAAGUCGAGGCCAUCGCGGCACAUCUCAAGCGAUCCCUCGAGCGCAUGGUGAUCAAGAUCUUUACCGAGGCUAGCAAGGCCGCCGCCGGGUCCGCGGAGGCACCAGAGCCGUUGAAGGUCCGCUGGGUGGAAGCAUACUUUCCCUUCACCAGUCCGUCCUGGGAAUUGGAAGUGUUCUGGCAGGGAGACUGGCUUGAGGUCCUUGGCUGCGGUGUGAUCAAGCAGGAGCUGCUGAACAACUCGGACGUGCCGAACCGCGUCGGAUGGGCGUUCGGUAUCGGUCUGGAGCGCAUCGCCAUGCUCCUCUUCAACAUCCCGGACAUUCGUCUGUUCUGGUCGCGUGAUGAGCGAUUCCUGUCCCAGUUCAGAGCGGGUGAGAUCACCCGCUUCGAGCCAUUCUCUAAGCACCCCGCUUGCUACAAGGAUGUGGCAUUCUGGCUUCCCUCCGCGUCCGUUAGCGGCGGCAGUGCUGCGGGCGGAGCCGCACCUGUCCAUGAGAAUGAUAUCAUGGAGAUUGUCCGCGGUGAGGCAGGAGAUUUGGUGGAGGAUGUGACACUCAUUGACGAGUUCACCCAUCCCAAGACCCACCGGAAGAGCAUGUGCUACCGCAUCAAUUACCGGAGCCUGGAGCGCACCCUGACGAAUGAAGAGACGAACGACCUGCAUGAGAAGGUGCGCCAGAAACUGGUGGGCUUGCUGGGAGUUGAGCUCCGGUGAUUGCCGCGGGUUCUACUUCCGGAUGCUGUGAUGUACUAUAUGCAGGAUACUGCGACUGGCCUUUGUACUAUAACUGUGUAGAAUCAUGUUGAGAAGAUAUCGCCAUCUCCAUUCGGUGCCAGGAUACAAGACCGAAAUCAAUCCCUGACGUG